UUUAUAUAAUACACACACACACAGAGAUUACACACUUCUUUCUUCCACGAUCUCCUGGAACUAAAAAAAUGCCAAAGCUACUUUGGAGGAACUUCCACCGCUGCUUCUCCAAAAUCAAAUGCCUGCCCAUCAUCGAAUCCCCACCAUCACCAUCAAACAAACAUCAUGACAGCCAAUAUCCCUCACCCACCUCCCACACUGCUACAUCAAUCAUCAUGAUCAACAACUUCAACUCCCUCUACGACACUAUUUCCUCAUCAGACGAUCCCACGGCCUCCAAGUCCCUCACCCCCUCCUUCAACACCAACUCCGACUUCUUCUCCUCCUCCGAUGACUCCGACGACUUUGUACUAACAGAUUCACCUCCCGACUUUGCCACCAUCUUCGCCUCCCAGCGAUUCUUCUUCUCCACUCCAGGCAGCUCCAACUCCAUUUUCGAGUCCCGGGACACCAGCCAAGUUCCUGAUCAUAACGCGUUAGUGAUCCCUGGAAGCGUCCAGGUGCCCAAGUACUCGCUAGAUCCUUACGUUGAUUUCCGGCGCUCAAUGCUAGAGAUGGUUCAAGCAAGAAAUCUCGUGGACGAGACAACUGAUCAAUGCGAAUAUUUGCACCAGCUUCUCUUGUGCUAUCUAACAUUAAAUCCCAAACACACUCACAAGUAUAUUAUUCGCGCUUUCACCGACCUUGUCAUCUGUAUUUUUUCCUCGUCCCCGUCUUCAUCGGCCGCAAAUCACAGCCGGGAGUCUAAGAACCGCCGGCAGCGAUAUAUUUCACGGCAGUUGCAGGUGUAACAAUUAUCUUUUUUUUUUUCUUUUUUUUUUCUUUUUUUUCCCUUUAAUCUUUAUCUUUUCUUUUCAAUAGGAAGAAUAUGCUGGAGUUUGUUUUUGUUUCUUUUAGGAUAUUUACUUUGUCUUUAGUGAAAGGGGAUAAUGUUUCAACUAUGAAGACAACGAAAAAAUGUAUUUGAUAAUCACAAAAAGCAAGGAGGCGUGGUGGGAUAUUAAUGCAGUCUCGAUGAAUGUUAUAAUUUAUGUCAUGUUUUGGUGUUUGUUAUGUAAAAAAUAAUUAUUUUUUCU